AUGCCACCCAGCAACAUAUAACUGAGCCCUCGAUCCUACAAUCGCCCUAUGUUUGAAUAAAAAUCUUAGCUGCCUAUUAAUAAUCAGUUGUCAGCUCGCUAGUAAUAUCAUUAACCGCAAUAUACCUAAUAUUCCCAUUAAUUACCACCUAACCGUGACAUGCAAUAACAAUCUAGAUCACAACAAUAUCACUAAUAGAGUGUAAUAGCUUAGCCAACUAAUAUGUAUCAAUAUUAAUAAGAAAUCAUUAAUCAGAAUCCGCCAUAUUACAAAAGCCAUCAGACCCAACUCCCUUUUACCCCAGAAUAAAAUAUCAAUCACACUCCUUACUUUAAAAAUCUUAAUUAUGCUCCAAAUGUUCCUUUUUAUCCUGGAAGGCCUCCAAUAUUUGUAUAACCUUAAGUUUCUCCUGAAGAAACUUAUUAUUCUUAAACCUCUAAUCAGUUUCAAAAUUAAUAAAAUCUGGAACUAGAUGCUUACUUAAUAGGAGAAGGUGAUGGAAUAAUAGGUUCCUAGGGAUAUGAGACCUAAAUAGUUAAUAAUCAAAUGAAUAACAUGCGCAAAUUCAGUCAAACCCCAUCAUAGGAUAAAGAAGUUGUAGCUUUUAGAUUUCAAGACAAAGAUUACAAUAUAUUUGGAGAGAAUCUCAUCAAUGAUUUUGAGGCAAAUUAAAUUUAUAGCAAACUACUCCAAGAAGCGAAAACUACAGCCUCUUCUUAAGAUAAUAAUUUAAAUUCAAAUAAAAAUAAAAAAAAUACAUCAUCAUGGAGAGAUGAUGAAACCCAUUUGCUAUAGUGGAUUGAAUAAGAGGGUCCAAAAGAGUGGACGAAAAUAGCUGAUACUUUAAACCAUUUCACAGGUUCAGUUAGAAACGGGAAACAAUGUAGAGAGCGUUGGAAUAAUACACUGAAUCCAGCAAUCAGAAAAGGAAAAUGGAGUUUACAAGAGGAUCUUGUUUUACUGUAGAAGCAGAGAGAAAUGGGAAAUAAGUGGUCUGAAAUCAGUCAUUAUCUUAAUGGUAGAACUGAGAAUCAAAUUAAAAAUAGGUUUAACUGCCUUGUUAGGAAAGGAUAAUCAUAAAAAUCAACAGAUUCGUCCUCAUCACUGAAAUAAUUAAUCGAUAGUUUAAUUAACAAAUACGAGACACAAUUGCAGAACAAAACUAUGUAAACUAAAGGUCACUUUUCCAAAAGUCAUAAUCAUGACGAGAUGAUGUUGUUGAGUAGUGUAGAUGGAGGAGAUGAUGAAAAUAACAGCGACUCUGAAGAAGAUUAUCUUGAAGACAUGGAUGGUGAUUACCUAGAAGAUCUUUGUGAAUAAAAUCUAAAUUAAAAUCAACUAUUCUCAGAUUUUAACUUAGGGCCUAACAGUAACAAUAGCAAAGAAAAUGAACAAAAUGAUAGUGAAAUUAGACUGAGUCCAAUUUCGAAUGAGGAAUCUAAAAUCUAAUCUAAAAUGAAUGAUUUUCAGUAAUUGCACGAACAAUCAUUCAAAACUUCAUCUGAAGGAAAAAAGAGAAGUGCUACUAAACUAGCUGCAAAUAAAACUAAAAAUCUACUGAUGAGUCUUGUUAGACAAGAUUCUCAAUAGAAACUUAUUAAAAGAACAAACUCUGCUAAGGAUUCUUCGUCUGAUAAGUAAAGCUCUGGAAAUCAGGCAUCAACAUUUUAAGAUUUGUAGCAAGCAGUAGACGACGACUAUGAUUUUAGUUAGAACACAAAUGAAUUUGAUGAAUUCUCUUAGAUCGAUUAGAUGAAUUCAAAUCUUCCAAAUACUUAAAUGGAAAUAGAUGUUGAAGGUUAGUUUAUAAAGAUGAAUGACUUCCUUUAAUAUCCAAAGGUAUCUUCCCCUAAAUUGGGAAAUCCUUGUUAGUAAUAGAAUACAACAAGCUUGAAUAGUCAAUACUAGAACAUUUGA